GGCCAUGCGCAAAUGGAUCCAGAGGAGGGCUGUGCUGUGUAGGCUGUAGUCUACAUAAGAUCUCUGCCUGCGGGACUGCACACGCACUGCCGACUGGAAAUCACAGGCAGCAGCCGGAGCCUUGACUUUUAUUUAUCUCCCACUGAUUUUUCAUGAGAAAAACAUAAAUCCAGGAUCUGACGGGUACCUUGGGAUCUCUCCAACAACCCCCACCUCCUCCUCCUCCUCUUCAUUUCUGACCAUCUCGGACCACGGAUGCAGAGAGCAGCAGCAGAAGCGAUGCGGCGGCUCUGCUGUUAACUCGUUGGACCCCUUUACUUCUACCUUUCUGUUUUUUGCCGGUUUUUAUCUAAAGGAGGCAGAACAUAUCCGCAAUGAAGCUCAAACCGAACCAGACCAGGACAUACGAUGGCGAUGGCUUCAAGAAACGAGCAGCAUGUCUGUGCUUCAAGAAUGAACGUGAAGAAGAGGUUCUCCUGGUCAGCAGCAGUCGGCACCCGGACCAGUGGAUCGUCCCCGGAGGCGGGAUGGAGCCAGAGGAGGAGCCAUGUGGUGCCGCAAUACGAGAGGUGUUUGAGGAGGCCGGUGUGAAGGGCAAGCUAGGACGUCUGCUCGGUGUAUUUGAGCAAAACCAGGAUCGGAAGCACCGGACGUAUGUCUAUGUGUUGACUGUCACAGAAACACUGGAGGCCUGGGAGGACUCGGUCAACAUAGGCCGUAAACGGGAGUGGUUCACCGUGGACGAGGCCAUCAAAGUGCUGCAGAGCCACAAACCCGUCCACGCCGAGUACCUGCGGAGGCUUCAGCUCAGCUGCUCCCCGACCAACGGGAACUCCAUCCUCCCGAGCCCACCGCCCAACGACAACUACCCACAUUACAGCGCCACCGCCACCACGCCCUCGACGGGCAACGUGCUGGGCUCCUCCUGCAGAUAGGACUGCACCAAAAGCUCAUGUCCUGUCCAGCUCGGACAGUUCACUGAAAGUCUGUACAGUCUUGCAUGAAUCUAAUGACUUUUCAGAGUUCCGGCUCUCCUGUAUGUAUAAUUUCUAGUCUUAGCUGCAGGACAGACCAAAGCCAUCACCAGAACUGUGUUAAAGACUCGUGUGACGGAGCAGGAGAAGUCUCUGACAGGAAAACUGUGGAUAUCUCAAGAACACUUUUUUUUUUUUUUUUUUUGCUGGCAAACACCAGAGCGAUGAGCUGCAGCUCGGGAAGAGGAAUCUGCAGCCUCCUGGUGAAGGAAUGCCUUACAGAAACUUUGUAUGAAUGUUGUAUUUGGGCCGUUUUAUUUCACUAACGUCAUUUUUAUUUUAUUUUUAGCAGAAUGGAUAAGCUUUCUAGUCAAUAAAAGGUUCAUUGACCCCAAA